AUGGAUAAUAUCAUAGUGUGGAAUGUUCGUGGAAUUGGCAACCAAAGGACGGCUAGGACUGCCAAAAGAAUUAUCAAGAAACAUGAUCCUACGAUCUUGGUGCUUCUUGAGCCUAUGCUUGGCAAUGGGAAAAGAGUGCAAAUUGGCCUCUCUUUAGGCUUUCAUUCAUCCUAUUCUAACUGGGAUGCAGGGGGCAAGAUUUGGCUAUUUCACAGGUCCUCUGUUUCUGUUUCUCUAAUUUUCAAAUCUGAUCAAUGUUUGUCGAUAGUUGCUUCAGAUCAUAACAGCGCUGGCCCAAUAUAUUUCACCUUUGUCUACGCAAGGACAGCGUGGAAAAAGGUCGAUUCAAAUCAUCCAAUUUACAACGUCCUUUCCAGACUCAAGCAAGUAAACAAAGAUCUCAAAUCUUGGAAUAAGGAGGAAUUUGGGAACAUCUUUGAGCAGAUCCUGUCUAUGGAACGCCUCGUGGCUGAGCUGGAGGCUAAGAUGCAGGAUUUUUCAGGCCCGGUAGAUCAGAUGCUCAGCAUGCAGCAGGACCUUAACUAUAACUCAGCCAGGCACGCAUCCAUUCGCCAGGUGGAGCUGGAUUCAGGUCAGAUUGUCGAGAACCAGGAUGACAUUAAAGCAGCAGCAGUAGCUCAUUUUCAACAGAUUUUCUCUGGUGAACCAGCUCGGGUGGAUCAGAAUCUUCUUCAAUGCAUUCCACAUAAGGUCACGCAGGCACAUAAUGAAAUGUUGAUGGCGAUUCCUUCAAUUUCAGAGGUACAAUUUGCAGUCCAAUCCAUUCUGGCUGACGAUGCGGUGGGGCCAGAUGGUUUUUCAGCUGCUUUUUUUCAGUCUUCAUGGGAGGUGGUUGGUCAUGACAUUCAUAGGGCUGUUUCUAUCUUCUUCCAGUGA